AUGGGAAUCCCUGCGCUCGUCAACAGCCUCAACAGGGCGGUGGCCACCUCGCCCGUCGGCUACUACUUCCGCCUCGAUGGAUCGGGACACCCACUCUCGCGACCUGGCUCGCGUUUCCUCACCGAGAUUCGAGCCGGUCUCGUCACCUUUGCUGCCAUGGCUUACAUUCUCUCGGUCAACGCCAGCAUCCUCAGCUCGUCCGGUGGUCCCUGCGAGUGCGCCAAGACCGCCGCUGAUCCCGUCUGCGCCAACGACGCCGCCUACAACCAGUGCGUCGCCGUGCUCAACCGUGACUAUGUCUUCGCCACUGCCAUCGCCGCUUGUGUCGGUACGCUGCUCAUGGCUCUUUUCGCCAACAUGCCUUUGGGUCUCGCUCCCGGUCUCGGUGUCAACGCCUACUUUGCCUUCACCAUCGUCGGCGUCGCUGGCACGGGUAUCAUCCCUUACAGCCAGGCCCUUUCGGCUGUCUGGCUCGAGGGCUGGAUCUUCUUCCUGCUUUCGCUCUUCGGUAUUCGACAGUGGCUCGCUCGCCUGUUGCCUCACAGCAUCAAGCUGAGCACCGGUGCCGGUAUUGGUAUCUUCCUCGCCUUCAUCGGUCUCGGUCCCAACGGUCUUGGCGUCAUUGGUGGCAACGCUGCUGAUCUCGUCGGUCUCGCCGGCUGCCCUGCUCAGUACCAGGACCCCGACACCGGCUACUGUCUCAGCCACAAGCUCCAGGCCCCCACUCUGUGGCUCGGUGUCAUGCUCGGCGGCAUCUUCACCGCUCUCAUGCUCAUCUACCGCGUCAAGGGUGCUUUCCUCAUCGGCAUUCUCCUUGUUUCCAUCGUCUCGUGGCCCCGCAACACCGCCGUCACCCUCUUCCCGCACACCGAGGCCGGCGACGACGCAUUCAACUACUUCAAGCAGGUCGCCAACUGGAACGGACUCGGCAUGCUCGGCCCCAAGAACAUCGACUGGUCCGGCUACAGCAACGGCAAGGUGUGGUAUGCGCUCAUCUCGUUCCUCUACAUCGACCUGCUCGACACCACCGGUACGCUGUACGCCAUGGCCAGCCACGCCGGUCUCAUGGACGCCCGCACGGGUGACUUUGAGGGUUCGUCGGCUGCCUACCUUUCGGAUGCGGUUGCUAUUUCGAUCGGUUCGCUGGUCGGCUGCUCGCCCAACACGGCCUUUGUCGAGUCGGCUUCGGGUAUCGCCGAGGGCGGUCGCACCGGUAUUACGGGUCUCACGACGGCGUUCAUGUUCUUCCUCUCGCUCUUCUUUGCUCCCAUCUUCGCCUCGUUCCCUGCCUGGGCGACGGGCUCGACGCUGGUCAUCGUCGGAUCCAUGAUGGCGUCCAACACGGCGCAGGUCAACUGGUCCUACGUCGGCGACGCCAUCCCUGCCUUUGUCACCAUUGUCGGUAUCCCGCUCUUCUUCAACAUCGCCUACGGUCUGAUCGCGGGUAUCUGCUGCUACAUUGCGCUCAAUGCUAUUCCUUGGCUCAUCCUCAAGGCCACCGCGGGUCGCGUCAAGCCCGAUGGAUGGGACACUAUCAAGGAGCCGUGGGGUGCCCGCAUGGUCUCGGCCAACGACGAAACCACCACGGGCUUCAUGGCCAUCGUCCCGCCCUGGAUGCGCAAGGUCAUGGCUGGAAACAUGAAGUUCUGGCAGAUGACGGAUGCCGAGAUCGAGUUCUACCUCGAGGGCAGGAGGGAGACGCAGAGGUUGGCGCAGGAGAGGCAGGACCAGCUCGAGCACGAGCGGGCCGCCAUGUACGGUAACAGCGACGACGUCGAGGCGCGCGCGUCGAGCGAGGUCAACGACGAGAAGAACUCGACCGGCAGCGGCGACGAGCCUAGGCAUGUGGUUGGCAGUGCUCAGUAG